CAUUUCUUCGCAUUUACCGGCAGUACUUACCUGAAGGUUUGGCCUCCUCGCGAUCGGUUGUAUUUUCAUAGUGAACGCACAAUCGUAUGCCUUUAUCAUGUUUAUUGUCGUUCGCAGGUCUCUGGUCUUAAAUUCUUUCAAGAUCAAGGCUAUGACCUCCUCUCUCUGGAAUCCGCGUGUAUAUGCAGAUUGAUUACUUAUACAUUCGAUCAUUCUGAGUUGGACCAUGGACCUUUACAGCUGGAGGAAUGAGUGAUGAUGUACCUUAUAGGAUAAACAGAUGCUUCUGAACAGCAAAGGGAAACAAGACAGACUCUUACUAUACAUUUUACUUCAUCUAUUAAAGCAGUUUUUUGUUUCCUAUAACCAUGAACCUACUAGCAGGUCCAUGCUAUAACCAAAUUAUUUAGUCAACCUCACAAUACCGUCCGGCCAUAUUGAGAGGCACCCUUGCCAACAAGAUUUCUUGGUUUGUUUCAACAUCCCAACCAUCGAGUUUUGAGAGAACGGUGAACAAUUUCCAGUUUAAUCGAUACGCGUACUGGAUAUAAUUUAUUAGAGGUCUGGCCAAUUUUUACAUCAUAUUGCAACAAUGGAACAUUAUCUUAUGUUUAUUGUGAGCCUAAUUGCUUCAAGAGGUAUCCCAGCAUUUGCAGAGACUCUGGAAUUUCAAGAUAUCUUAACGUGUGAACGUGGAGACGGGAAUCACACCUCAUCACUCGACCUGACAUGUCCGAAUCGUGAUCAUCCCUUCAGCUGCAAGACGGAGCAUAAAAAGACUUGCCGAUGCGAUUCAAACUGUUUCUUCUUUGAAGACUGUUGUCCAGACAUUGAGGGGAAGGCCCCGAGUAACCAUAGUAACUUGUUCAACAAAUCAUUCAAACCUUAUAUAACAUGCAGUGGUGUAGUUAAAACAAACUACAAUGAUAAACCUCCAACUAACUCAUCAUAUAUGUAUUACCUAAUCUCAAAAUGCCCUGAAUACGUUUCAUCGGAAAGUACGGUUAAACAGAACUGCGAAUUGUCAUCUUAUGCAGGUCCUGAUGUCCUUAUCACCCCAAUAUAUGUAAGAGGCGUUGGUCAUUUUAAGAAUGUAUAUUGUGUUAUAUGCCAUGGCAUUAAACCUCAACCUGGUGAUUUACAUGUAUGGAGGUGGAAUUGGAAAUGUAAGCGCGAUGCUAUUUUUGGAGACGAAGGAAAUGAACCCAGUUCAAGCGAUUAUGAGAAUGAUGAACCGGCUGAGAUUCCAACCAACUUUGACUUCAAAGGGGCAGGAUGCAAACAUUAUUUGAAUUACACGGAAAACUUUUAUGCGCAAGUAUGUGAAAGUGUUGAUGUUUCCAUGUGUUCAUCUAUUUAUUCCUCCAAGUACAGAGCGCAAGUCAAAUGUCCUCCUUAUCUUGCUCCCAUCAAAUAUCAUGGUAUUACAUACAAGAACUUAGCAUGCCUCUAUUGCAAUGUCGAAGAAUAUGAGGUGGAUAUAUGUACAGAAAAAGAAGUUUUAUGUAGGUCAGUAGAACCAACGCAAGAAGUGGCCGGUAAGGAUACCGGAAUAGGAAGUUUAUCAGAUUAUUUCGUAUUCGGAAACAAAGCUGCCUUUCGAAGAUGUUUGUGCAAUCCAGAUCAAUUUUUCAAUGAAGAAACAAGGCAAUGCCAGGAUAUCCACUGUCCGCAUCUUUUUUCUGAAUACAGCACUAAAAGUAAGGUUUGUGUAGAUUUGGACCAAGGAUUCAAUACACGUUUGUCAUUUAAUGCAUGUGGUAACCCUCAAACAAGUUUACUUUCAUUGGAUGACACAACAAUCCUCUGGGAGAUAGUAGAAUCUCUCAUUCUGGAUAUUCCAUACAACACACUAUCCAUUAUCCGCCAUGAUCGGAGCAGAAUUUACUGCAACAAUAUCGAUGGACACAUCGAAAGUACUGGUUGUAACAGUGAUGCAAAGGAGAUUGAGUGUCGUGUCUAUUUUCAAUAUGAAAAAGACUCUUUACCUGAUAAGAAAAACAACCACAGUGAACAUUGUUCUUCUGAUGGACUAUUAAUCGGCAAUGUAUCCUACCAAUAUUUACCGUCAUUCGGCAACAUCUGUGUGACAAAUAUAGCUUUAAGAGUAGACCAAGGCUGUGAGAUUAUGUUUUCUACCGAGAACGAAUGUUCGUCAGAACUUUUUCAAAGAACGAACUCUACCCGGGACUCUACCAUGUCUAGAGAAAUACUGAGUAUCGUAUCGUUGAUAGGAAGUACUUUCUCAAUGCUUGCUUUGCUCUUUGUUAUCAUCACGUAUUCUAUGUUUUCGAAACUCCGCAGCCUAGCAGGAAAAUCACUCCUUUGCCUGUGUUCCGCACUCUUUGUAUCAUAUUUAUUGAUAGCUUUAGGAAAUGUUAGCAGGAACAUCAGUACUCUCUGCAUCGUCAUGGCCGUCUUCAAUCAUUUCUUCUUGCUCUCGUUUUUCUUCUGGAUGAACGCUCUUGCUCUUGACUUUUGCCGGACUUUUGGCACAUGCGCCACAUUAAAAAGGAGGAGUAACUCCCAAAAGUCGUUCAUCAAAUUUUCUCUUUACGCCUGGGGCAUUCCAGCAGCUAUUGUUGGUGUUGGCCUCUUCAUCGAUAAGUUUACCACCCUUGACUAUACGUACGGAAGCAGCAACCAUGGUGGUGGUGAAAUAUGUUGGUUGAACGCUAAUUGGUAUUCAGUUUUAUUUGGCGUUGGCCUACCUAUGGCAGGACUCUUAAUCAUGAAUGUGGCUUUGUUCAUUGAUACUGUAAUAGGAAUAAAGCAACAAAAGAAGGCAGGUGAGAUAGCAAGGAAGUCAGAAAGUUCUGCUGCACAUAAAACUGCGAAGGAGGUUUUGCUUUUCAUUAAGAUUUGUAGCGUGAUGGGACUGACCUGGCUAUUAGCCUUUAUUAAAGGCUUUGUUGAUAAUAUCUGGCUCUCUUAUUUCUUCGUUGUCGUCAACUCCCUUCAGGGUGUCUACAUACUAAUAACGUUCGGUCGGAGUAGAAAAAUCAACACCCUUUGGAAAGAAAAAUUGGGAAUUAAACCAUGCAGCCCCAAAUCAAGUAACCGGACUACUAACUAUACAAGGUUCUUUAAAUCUAGUUCAAGCAAGGAUGAAAGCUUAUGAAAAUGGGGGAAAAAUUUAAUGAAAAAGUUGCCUGAUUUAAAUUUGAAACGGUCAUCGUAAUAAUUUUCAGCCUAUGGAGUACACAUUAAAAGUGCUCAAUUCCUUAGUUCUAUUGAUAUUAUGUAGUGAAUAUUAAUAUUCCCCCUAGACUUCUUACCAUUAUGAUUAUAUCUUAAUGUGUUAAGUGCAUUGAAAUAUUAAUGGAAUGCGCUAUAUAAAUGUAACUUGUAUUGUAUAUAUGGAUUUAGUCUAGUAUUUGAAGGGACAUUGUAAAUAUACAUAGGAAUAAAAAAGUAUUUAUUUAUUUGUCCAUGAAAUGGAAAUUUGUAUUGUUUACAUGUGGUUGUUAGAAACAUAAUUAGAUACAGUUUAUUGUAUGGAAUUAUAGAAAAUGCAAAAAUAACAAUAAACAUGUAUAUUAUAUGAUUAUAAGAGAAUAAUUAGCCUUUAGAAAUAUGCUUAUUUUUUCUGAGCGGAAUUCAUAAGAAUAUUUGACAAAAUUAUUUGAUUGCAAUUAUGGGGAUAUUUUUUGUCAUUAUUAGAUUGAUUUAAUUAUAAAGGUAAUAUAAAUAAUCUUGUGCCAACAUAACAUUUCAAUAAUUCCCUAUCGUUUCAGAUUUUCAAAUUAUAUGAUUUCAAUUUUUAUUUUAAAUUAUCAAUUUCGAAAUUGCUACGGACAGAGCGCUUACGCAUACGAUGGUAUGUGUUAUAUAUCGAAGAGGGACCAAAAAUCUUAAUGACACUGUUCUGAUCGUACAUCUGUCUUUAAGGUUAACGACCUUAAUACGAUUUGUAAAGAAAUUAUAUUACCCGGGAUUACCCCCACGCUUAACAAAAUUGUAGAGGCUACGGAGAUCGUUUCCGAACGAUAAACUUUCGAUAGUUGCAUGUCAUUCCAGGCUGAUCGUGCGAUUAUAUAUCGGAUACGAGCUACACGGGGGGGGGGGGCAGUCAAAUGUAUUGCUGUACACAUGCGUGACCAAAUUACUUCCAAACACCCCCUAAACGAGUUUUUCUCUGUGUGCAAAAUAACCCCCUAAACAAAAUUUUUCGCGGUCUUCAUUUGCACAUUUUGGCCCCUAAACAGGUUGUCGCCAGACUAUGACCCCGGGGAAAAUGCUUGGAGAAAAACAUACUCUAAAUACGUUUGACCCCGCGAUUGACCACUGACCAGCCUUUCAAAACCACCCUUUAAAAAAAAUCAUUGUUUUUUAUACCCUUAACGGGUGCACGCGCGGCCCGCAGCCAAAACUG